CCCUCCAAAUCCAAAAUAUUCCAACUUUUAGACCAUCUUCGUCUUCUCCUUCCUUCCCCAAUUCAAUUCCUUUUCACCUCCUCCAUACUCCACUCUACAAACAAACUUAAUUACUAUUAAUUAAUAGAAAAAACUUGAUAAUUAAUCAUCCAAACUCGCCUCCACCACCGCCAAUGUACGGCGCCUCCUCCAAGCUCGGCGGCCGUGGAGGCGGCGGCCGAGGAGGCGGACGUCUCUCCUCCUUCCCUCCACCGCCACCUCACCGAGCUUCCACACCAAAUAAAAACUCCCGCCUGUCCCUCGGCGGGAGCGGGUCCAAUCCUCGGAGCCGGAGCUCAGGCGGUCCCACAAGUACUUCCACGUCAGCCGUUGAGGAGUCAUUCUCACUAAUUCCGGGGAGAAACCCGCCGGCUUUCGCAAUGAUUAUAAGACUAGCGCCGGAUUUAGUUGAUGAGAUCAGAAAAGUUGAAGCUCAAGGUGCCUCUGCAAGAAUCAAAUUUGAUUCCAUGGGUAAUAAUAAUAUUGGAAAUGUUAUUGAUGUUGGUGGUAAGGAAUUCAGAUUUACUUGGUCGAAGGAUUCUGGUGACCUAUGUGAUAUUUAUGAAGAAUGUCAAAGAGGUGAAGAUGGAAAUGGUGCGCUUAUUGAAUCUGGGUCUGCGUGGCGUAAGGUUAAUGUGCAACGUAUACUAGAUGAAUCGACUAAGAACCAUGUAAAGAAGCUGUCGGAGGAAGCUGAACGCAAAAAUAAAUCACGCAAAGCUAUUGUGUUAGAUCAGGGGAACCCAUCUAUGAAGAAUCAACUAAAGCAAUUAGCGCUUGCCGAGUCGAAUCCAUGGAAAGCGCCCUUUAAGCGAAAAGAGCCUCCUUAUAAAAAGCAGAAAGUUGAACCUACACCAGUUCCCAAAUCUACAUUUAGAUCGGGAGUUCCGUCAACCACUAGUGUAAAGGGUAGACAUUCAAUGUCACCUCUGCCAUCUACACCUCAGCGAUCUAACACUCCAGCUUCUCCAUUUGGAAUUGGAAAUAUUAGCAAGAACAGUGUGACCACAGAAGAAGUGAUGCUAACCCAGAUGAAAAGUAAAGAGAAUGUCUCCAACUCAGAAAAAGAAAUCCAGAUUAAGGCCUCAAAUGCUGGACAGGAGACACCAGGGCGCAAAGGGAACUUUGGGACAAAGCCAAUGGAUUUGCAGAGCUUUUUGAUUGCUACUCUGAUUGAGAACCCUAAAGGGAUGAGCUUGAAGGCAUUAGAGAAAGCUGUUACGGAUAAAAUUCCGAAAUCUGCUAAAAAGAUAGAGCCCGUUAUUAAAAAGAUUGCAAUUUACCAAGCUCCGGGAAAAUAUUUAUUGAAACCAGGAGUGGACUUGGAAAGCUUCAAGAAACUUCCGUCUGAAAGUGGAAGUUCUCCUGAAGAUAACAAUCACCAGACAUUUGUUCCUGAAGACAACCACGAUGAUGGACCUGCUCUUGAAUCUAGAAUCAUUGAGAAAAGCCCUGCUGUCAGAUUUGAAGAACAUGCCCAAAUAAACUCUAAACUUGAAGAAGAGAAUGCAAUAGAAAAAAUUGAUGUCCAACGUAAUUCUCCUGAUUUAUUUGUUGAGAAAAAAAUCUCUGACAAUAGUGAGGAGCAGGCAGGCAGCUCUAGUGAAAGUGGAAGUGACAGUGAUAGUGAUACUGACAGCAGUGACAGCGGAAGUGAUAGUGGAAGCCGUAGUAGAAGCAGGAGCAGAAGUAAAAGUCCAGUAGGAAGUGGGAGUAGUAGCGACAGUGAAAGUGAUGCUUCUUCCAACAGUAAAGAGGGAUCUGAUGAGGAUGUGGAUAUUCUAUGUGAUGAUGACAAAGAACCCCAACUUAAGGUACAAGCUUGUGAGCCAGGUUUUUCUGCAUCACCGGAUCCCUGGAAGUCUGGGCGGAAUGGGACAGAUGAGAAACAAGAUGGUGAGGGAUCUGAUGCUGUUGACAUUGAUGGUCCUGGAUCUGCCGGUUUUGAUGUUGAGGGUCAUGAAUCCGGUGCUGUUGACAUUGAGAAGGAUUGGGCUAAUGAUGAAAAGGAGGUUGGUUUACCUUUGAAUGCUAGUUCGGUUCCCACCAUAGAAGGUGAUAAACAUGUGGAAGGAGCUCAAUCCAUUUUUUCUGUACAUGAUGCCAUACGAGAGCGCCAAAAUUUUAUAGGAACCCUGUUUGAUGAUAAUGAAAAUAUGACUACUGACAGCUUCAGGCAUGAAAAUUCUGACAGCUCUGAGAAGUUACCUAAAAGUAAGCCUAAAAGAGGCCCUGAUGUGAAGCACAUUGAUGAGAAAUCUGACCAUGCUAAGAGAUCAAAAGUUGAAAUUGUUGCUCAACUGCCGAUUUCUGAGGGUAGAGAUGCCCAGUUCUCUGAGAGUCCACAACAUAGAGACACUGUGGAAACAUUCAGGGACCCUGUUAUUCAAGUGAUGAAUAAAGGUGAUAAGGAAGGGAAUACAGAUUUUGGAUCACAGAAGGCCUAUAACCAGGCAUUUAAUGGAAAAGCUAAUUCAGAUUUUCAGCAACCUGGACGAACGUCUGCUGAUAAAAUUGCAUGGUCAAAAGCUUCUGAUUCUACUGGGAAAUCCAACCGCCCUGAGAGAUCAGGACAUGGUCAUAAAUUUGCUGAAAAGGAUUCUCAGAUGCAUGAAGAUUUCCCUUUUCAAAGAGAAAAGUCUUCUAGAGAGACUCCAAAUGAAGAUAAUUCUGCGAAGGAGAAAAAGUUGCCAAGAAACUCCAAGGAAGGCGGAGUUGGAGGCAGACAUUCAACCUCUUCUGAUUCCCACAGGAAACAGAGGAAGGCGGGUGUUAAAUUAAAGGACGAUGCACAAGUUACAAACUCACAUAUUGCAUCUUCACCUAAAAAUGGUAACAGAGUCAAUGUAGAAAAGUAUCCGCCUGUCAGUGGAAGAAGCCUCCAAAGAGAGCUUUCAGAACUGGAGUUGGGAGAAUUUCGUGAGCCAUUGCUCGAGGAAAAACCAGUUAAAAAACAGUUUGAUCGGAAGGGUUCUUUUAGACAGUCAGAUAACAAACCAACCACUUCAGAUAGCCGUAAUUCAGAUUUAAACAAGGCGAAUCCUGCUGGAAAGACAACACUAGACUCAGGAAAGCCAUCUCCAUCUAAUAUAGGUUAUGGGGUCAAAAGGACCCCUGAUUAUCAUAUUGAUGAUGUAACAAGGUUGCAGCAUAAGAUUGUACAGUCUCAUCCACAACAUCUUUCAAGGAUUGAUAAUGCUGAAAUUGGGGUCAAGAGGACCCCUGAUUGUCAUAUUGAAGAUGUAACAAGAUCGCAGCAUAAGAGUGUACAGUCUCAUCCGCAACAUCUUUCAAGGGUUGAUAAUGCUGAAGUUGGACCUCACUUAAGCAAGUUGGCAGCAAAUGGUAGAUUAAGACAGAAUGAAGCAGGGUCAAAACUAGGACAUAGUAUAGAAGGCUAUGGAGAAAGCCAUAGAAGAGGCCCUAGCAAUGCACAGCUGCUGCAUGCCUCUAAACGUGGACUGCUUUCCAACUCAACAAAGGAAAGUAAAACACAAUCUAUUAAUCCAAUGCCUGACCUGAUAGAUAAUAGAAAGGAUAUAAUGCUGGCUGAGGUAAAUAAUAAUCCUCGAAAGAGGAGGGAAUCUUCCUCUGAGGAAGAUGGCUCUUAUUUGAAGUAUGAAAAGGAUGUACCUGAGCUCAAGGGACCAAUUAAGGAUGCUUCUCAGUAUGAAGAGUAUGUGCAGGAAUACCGUGAUAAGUAUGACAGCUACUGCUCCUUGGACAAGAGUCUAGAAACCUACAGGAAUGAUUUCCUAAAACUGGGAAAGGACCUUGAAUUUACUAAAGGCAGGGAUAUAGAUAGACAUCAAAAGAUUUUAAUGCAGUUAAUGGAAUCUUAUCGUCAGUGUGGAGCGAGACACAAACGGUUGAAAAAGAUAUUUGUUGUACUUCAUGAAGAAUUAGAGAACCUGAAGCAAAAGAUGAAAGAAUUUGCCAUCACUUCUACAAAAGAUUGAAUUUCAUUUCAGACAAAUCUUUCAUCUGCAAAACCUAACCUCUGUACACCAACACCCUGGCCAAUGUAAUAGGGUGAUACAUCAAAAUAGAAAAUUUCUAGUGAAAAUAUAUAAUUUGUGAGAAAUAUAAUCCUGUACAUAUAAAUUCCAUUAAUGUAUGAAUUAUGUACAUUUUUGCAGCAUUAGAUCAAUUCUUUUUUAGGAGCAGAAA